GCUGAAGCAACACUCGGCUGUUUGCCGAGACACUUCGCCGCCAAGAUGCCUCGAAUUAUGAUCAAAGGGGGCGUGUGGAGGAACACCGAGGAUGAAAUUCUCAAAGCAGCGGUAAUGAAAUAUGGGAAAAACCAGUGGUCUCGGAUUGCUUCACUCCUUCAUAGAAAAUCAGCAAAACAGUGCAAAGCCAGAUGGUAUGAAUGGCUGGAUCCAAGCAUUAAGAAAACAGAAUGGUCGAGGGAAGAAGAAGAAAAACUCUUGCACUUGGCUAAGUUGAUGCCAACUCAGUGGAGAACCAUUGCGCCAAUCAUUGGAAGAACAGCUGCUCAGUGUUUGGAACACUAUGAGUUUCUUCUGGAUAAAGCAGCCCAAAGAGACAAUGAAGAGGAAACAACAGAUGACCCACGAAAACUUAAACCUGGAGAAAUAGAUCCAAAUCCAGAGACAAAACCAGCAAGGCCCGACCCAAUUGAUAUGGAUGAAGAUGAACUUGAGAUGCUUUCUGAAGCUAGAGCCCGCCUGGCUAACACUCAGGGGAAGAAGGCCAAGAGGAAAGCAAGAGAGAAACAGUUAGAAGAAGCAAGGCGUCUUGCUGCUCUUCAGAAGAGAAGAGAGCUUCGAGCAGCUGGUAUAGAAAUUCAGAAGAAGAGAAAAAGGAAAAGGGAAGUUGAUUAUAAUGCAGAAAUCCCAUUUGAAAAAAAGCCUGCGCUUGGUUUUUAUGAUACUUCUGAGGAAAACUACCAGGCUCUUGAUGCAGAUUUCAGGAAAUUACGACAACAAGAUCUUGAUGGGGAAUUAAGAUCGGAAAAAGAAGGGAGAGAUAGAAAAAAAGACAAACAACAUUUGAAAAGAAAAAAAGAAUCUGAUUUACCAUCAGCUAUUCUUCAGACUAGUGAUGUUUCAGAAUUUACGAAAAAGAGAAGCAAACUAGUACUUCCUGCUCCUCAGAUUUCAGAUGCAGAACUUCAGGAAGUUGUAAAAGUUGGCCAAGCAAGUGAAAUAGCACGACAGACUGCAGAGGAAUCUGGCAUAACAAACUCUGCUUCAAGUACUCUCCUAUCUGAGUACAAUGUUACCAACAACAGCAUAGCUCUUCGGACUCCGCGAACACCAGCUUCCCAGGACAGGAUUCUGCAGGAAGCCCAGAAUCUCAUGGCUCUCACCAAUGUGGACACCCCAUUGAAAGGUGGACUUAAUACUCCUUUGCAUGAGAGUGACUUCUCAGGUGUGACUCCACAGCAACAAGUCGUGCAGACGCCAAACACAGUUCUUUCUACUCCAUUCAGGACUCCUUCUCAUGGACCUGAAGGGCUGACUCCCAGGAGUGGGACAACUCCCAAGCCAGUUACUAACGCUACCCCUGGUAGAACGCCUCUUCGUGACAAGUUAAACAUUAAUCCUGAGGACGGAAUGGCAGAUUACAGUGAUCCCUCUUAUGUGAAGCAGAUGGAAAGAGAAUCUCGGGAACAUCUCCGUUUAGGGUUGUUGGGUCUUCCUGCUCCUAAGAAUGACUUUGAAAUUGUCCUACCAGAAAAUGCGGAGAAGGAACUGGAAGAGCAUGAAGUAGAUGAUACUUAUAUUGAAGAUGCUGCUGAUGUAGAUGCACGAAAGCAGGCCAUCCGAGAUGCAGAGCGUGUAAAGGAAAUGAAACGAAUGCACAAAGCUGUCCAGAAAGACCUGCCAAGACCAUCAGAAGUAAAUGACACUAUUCUAAGACCUUUAAAUGUAGAACCACCUCUAACAGAUUUACAGAAGAGUGAAGAGUUAAUUAAAAAAGAAAGGAUUACAAUGCUUCAUUAUGAUCUUCUACAUCACCCUUACGAGCCAUCUGGAAACAAAAAGGGCAAAACUGUAGGAUUUACCACCAAUAAUCCAGAGCAUGUUGCCUAUCUUGAACAUAAUCCUUAUGAAAAGUUCUCCAAAGAAGAGCUAAAAAAGGUUUUGUAUCUUCCUGGGCAGAGUCGCUACACACGAGCUAACCUAGCUAGCAAAAAGGACAGAAUUGAGUCACUUGAAAAAAGGCUUGAGAUAAACAGAGGCCACAUGACCACAGAAGCCAAGAGAGCAGCAAAAAUGGAAAAGAAGAUGAAAAUUUUGCUUGGAGGUUAUCAGUCUCGUGCUAUGGGGCUCAUGAAACAGUGGAAUGACUUAUGGGACCAAAUCGAGCAGGCUUACCUGGAGCUACGCACUUUUGAAGAAUUGAAAAAACAUGAAGAUUCUGCUAUUCCCCGGAGGUUGGAGUGUCUAAAAGAAGAUGUUCAGCGACAGCAAGACAGAGAAAAGGAGCUUCAAAAUAGAUAUGCUGAUUUGCUGCUGGAGAAAGAGAAUUUAAAGUCAAAAUUCUGA